AUGGCCACACAAGAGUAUUUGCCUCCUACAUUUGGGAGACCAUUUAUUCCCGACAUGACAACUCAUUCUGAACAGGAACCCUUGCUACGACCAGCGCAAUACGAGGAGGUCUAUCGGAGGUUCAGUCCGACGAAGAAGAGGAUGAUCGUGGCCAUUGCCUCACUCACCGGCCUUCUCCCUCCCUUUGUUUCAGGAACUUUCGUUCCUUCUAUACCCCAAAUAGCCAAAGAUCUCAACUCAACCGGUGCAGUCGUAAGCCUUGCUGUAAGUCUUUCAGUGCUCGCAACAUCUCUAGGUAGCCUCCUAGGGUCUUCGUAUUCUUCCUUUUAUGGUAGAAAACCUGUAUACCUCACAGGAACACCUCUUCUAUUUCUUGGAUCGCUGGGACUCGCGUCUGCCCAAACAAUAUCUCACCUGAUGGUCUGGCGAUUCAUACAAGCCGUCGGCGCAUCGCCUGACUUGGCCGUUGGAUCGGGUGUGAUGGGGGACAUCUACAGGGUGGAGGAGCGCGGACAGGCAAUGGGGAUCUUUUUCUCGGCUACGCUAUUUGGUUCGGCUCUUGCUCCUUUUGCCGGAGGUCUCGCAACACACUACUUUUCCUGGCGUUUCAUGCAACUCUGCCUCGGCUUCAUGGGCCUUGGCAUAUUCUUCUGCAUUCUCAUCUUCUUCCCAGAAACGUAUCACCCCGGUGAACGGGGUGUCGAGAAAGCUGACCCAGCCUCUCUUCCAAGCUGGAGACCAAUCUUGAUCAACCCGCUGCGGCCCCUAUGGCUUCUUAAAAGCCCAAAUCUUCUCGCCGUCACUCUCGCAGGAUUUACGGCGCUCCUCACAGACUAUGUGUUCUUGACACCUUUGGCUUAUACAAUUGGAGCUCGCUAUGGCAUAACGAACGAAGCUUUGAUUGGUGCAUGCUUCCUCCCAGCUGGUCUCGGACAUAUACUUGGUGCGCCACUGGCAGGUCGCGUGUCCGAUCAGGUCAUCACCUCAUACCGCAAAGGGCGAGGAGAGAUUUGGCAUCCCGAGGAUCGCCUGCGGGCCACAAUCGUUGGCACGCUCUUCUUCGUCCCUCUAUCCAUUUUAUUUUCCGGCCUGUUGAUAGAGUACGUGCCUGGGAGGGCUGGCCUGGUGUUAAACUUGAUAUGCUUGUUCGUCAACGGCAUUGGGAUUGAAUUCGUCCUCACCCCCUCAGCGUCCUACGUCGUUGACGUAAUGCACUCCAAAAGUGCUGAGGCGAUGGCCGCGAACAAUGGGUUCCGCUCUAUCGUCAUGUCCAUUGCGGUAGCAUUCAUCCUACCCAUGGUACAGAAGUAUGGUGCUGCAAUUACGGACACUAUCGCAGCCACCUUGAGCUGGAUUGGAUUUGGAUUCAUUUGGAUGACCAUUGCGUAUGGUGACCGCCUGAGAUCGAUGGUGGAUGUCGGAUUCUCGACUGCAUACAAUAAUUAA